AUGUCUUUCCGUCUGUUGAAUGUCCAUACAGGAGAGCUGACGGAAUAUCCGCUUUCCGCAGGCCCUCCAUAUAUAGCAGCGUCUCAUGCCUGGAGCGAGCGUCUCUUCCCACCAGGCGUCGACUUCCUCGCCAGCCCAGGGCGCUCCGCUCUAGUAGCGACGCUUGAGCAACGAUACCGUACCAUCACUUUGUGCUGGGUGGACACGAUCUGCAUUGACCAGAACGAUGAGGAUGAUAAGCUCCGUCAGAUUCCGAUGAUGGGCGAGAUUUUUGGAGACGCAGAAGCUGUUCUUAUCAUCCUUGGCUGCGUCCUUGGCAUGCCUCAAGGCCAUGUGGAUGAGUUGACAAAACAACUUGGUGGAGCUCUCUCAAUGGAGGCAGAUGAAGCGUGGGCGUCAGAAGGCCUGUACUGGCAAAAUGGUGAUGGACGGGGGCUGAUUGCGCAAGCGAUGAGGGGACUGGCAAGGCUGACGGUGACUUCUUGGAGCACGAGAGUCUGGACGUUGCAAGAGUACAUUCUAGCUCGCAAAGUUGUCUGGAUCGGCAAGGAUCUUGAAUCUUUGACCCUACAUGACCGGUUGUUUUCUGCCCUGCCCAGUAUCUGCGACACGCUAGACAUCCGAGAGUGUCUAGGCGACGAGUUUGCAAAGCUUUAUGGCUUCUUUAGUGGCAUGGCAAAUUGUCGACUCGGUCCGGUCGAGAAGACGCGGGUGAUGGAGCUAUUGGGAAACCGCAAGGCGACCGUAGAGUGCGAUGAGGUGUACGGCGUCAUGGCUGCCUCGAGCGUGGAGAUACCCACCAUCAAAGGAGAAAGAAAAGAGAGUGCCUGGGCGAGAUGGGUUGAAGCGGCGCUUGGUCGAGGACACUUGAGAUGGUUACUCAUGCCUGCUGUCAGUGAGCUGCUGCCAUUGAGCCCGCAACCCAUUGCGAGGAACUGCAUCGUUGUACCGUUUGGCAUGAGGCACAAGGCGUCUUCCAGCUCGGCGCUGGACGAAGUCAAACCACUUGGUCCGAUUGAGGUUCAGAAUGGAACGGUCACCGUCACUGGGAGGAUGAUUGGAACUUGCCGUGUCGGAGCCCGCUUGGGAAGAGUGCAUGAGCCAAUGCCGAACCGGAUCCAUCGAGACAUUACUCUGAUACAGUUCACCUUGGGCAGGUGGCCGAGAGCUCUCAAGGUAGCUUCGGCAUUUGGUGCCGGCCGCUACAAUCCGCAGCAAACUAUGCUCAUCGCCCAAGCCUUACUCAACAAUUGGACAAGGGCGCUCUAUGCGGUGCGCCAUGGAAAAGAAGACAAUUUUAAGAUGAAGUUGCGACGGGGAAGGCAGACUCUCAUCUGGCAAGACUUUAUGGCAUUACAAAUGGGUCAAAUGCCUGGCAUGAACGAUGGUAUCGCCCAUCUCACCAAGAUUCGCCGCCUAUCUGUUGCAAUAGACGCAGUGCUCGUACUUGCUCCAGAUCAGGAGGUUUCGGAUGGGGAGCUUAUUGUAGUUGAUGUUGGUGGGCGGACAGUCGAUGGACGUUGCAUAUUUAUGGUCGCCACUCAACCAAGCCUCGAAGCUGGUAGUAGCAAUGAUGUGCUGCACAAGCUAUGUGUGACGCUUCCUGUCACUAGUGAGUACGAGGAGGCUAUCCAGUCUCUGCCCUUGCAGACGUUUUCUUUUGGCGGAAAAGAUUGCGAAGUUUACUUUUCGAUAACAAUAAUGGCCAUUCAAGGACAGUCAACCGCCCCUCGAGUUCCUCCACAGGAAUCGACUAAACGAUUCGUCCUCAAUUCAAUUUUGCUCUCUCUCAUUGAGCCGGUUCGAGGCGAACCGACAGUUUACAGUCUUGAUAGACACCCGCAUGACGAUGCAAGGGGAAAUCCGAUAGCGAAAUUUCUUGAUUCAUUUGCGUUGAUUUGCUCCACGGGAAGCGGGAAAGAGACCGUCUCCGCUGUAUGUAUAGAACAAGGCGGCCCAACAGGUACAAUCUUACGAUUGGCCCGUAAUACUAGCACAUCGGAGGAACUUUUAUUGCGUUUCCAGGCCGUUCUAGAUGAUCUCACCUUGAUUGCGAAGGGAGACUGCUCCCUCGAUGAGAAAGCUUGGGAAAUUAUGUCAAAAAUUAUCGAGCUGGACCGAUUCAAGAUUGACAGCAUAAUCGAGAUAUUUCAAAGGAAGGGAGUUCAAGAACUCAUCCAAGCAGCAGUACAACGCUUGGAAACAGGCCAGUUUUCCAAUAACGGCGAUUUUCUGGAGUGGGCGAGACAUCUUCCAUCUUUAACUUCUCUCAAUCGUCUAACAGAAACCGCGGAACUCAUCAAACAAAUGUACUGGGCCGCGCAAGCGCGCUGGGUGUACUCGGCUCACCUUCAUUGGAUCGCAUUUCCUGAAAGUUCAACUGCCCCUGCUUGGAUCAACAAUAUAUAUAAGCUAGGGCGUUACCAUGCUGCUCUAUUGGCGAUGAUCAAGCUCGCGACCAUUCGGACGGACCUAUUCAUCCCUAUUCGAGUUGAGUUGGUUGAACCUCCUCCGCAGGCUAAGUUCUCCCUCAACGGUGAGAGUGAAGCGCUGAGUAAUAUAAUCCGAAAAUGCACGAAGGCCGAAGUUGAAGAUAUCAAAUCGCAGCUGAGGGUUUAUUGGCUGAAGAAUCCAGACCAUCACUUCCGUGCAGCUUGUAAAGCACGACGCGUGCUCACCGUACACGCAGAGAUGCAACUGGCUUGCUUUUACGACAGCAAUAUAGAACUCACUCCGAGAUUUCUCUUCAUGGGAACCAGCAAAAAAGCCUGCUUCCUGUGUUAUACAUUCCUGUGUAGACAUGAACGGGGAUGGUCCUUCUCAGCAACCCAUUCGAAGAUAUAUCCGAAUUGGAUGCCCCCUUUGUUUUCCAAAGGUAGUGCUCGGAAAAUCCACCUUAAGUUGAUUUGGGAUAUCAAUCAAUACCUGGAGCAAACUAUCGGCAGGGAGUUAGAGACAAAGUUAGGGAUACCUCGCUCCAAGAAAGUUGUCUUUGAUUCUACCGCGGGCCCGUCUUUGACUACAUUUACUCUGGGAGGAGAAUUUACUUUCAUCAAGCCUCAACCGCCAACAUUGACCAGCGAGACGAAUAGGAUCACAGAGGAGGAGGAUGAUUCUUCUUAG